UGAUCUGAUCAGUGUUGAUACAGAAGCGAAGCAAGCGUGAUCGAAUAAAGUGAAUCAAGCAAAAGCUAUUCAAACGAAUACAACGAAAAGAUAUAAAACAGUGAAUUUUUUAUUUAAUAAGAAAUAAUAAAAAAAGAAAAAAAUAAAUAAAAUAUAAUAAAUAUAAAAUACUUGUGAAAUAUCGAAGAUGCCUGCUAUUGGUAUUGACUUGGGAACUACUUACUCCUGCGUGGGAGUUUGGCAACAAGGAAAAGUUGAAAUCAUUGCCAAUGAUCAAGGCAACAGAACGACACCAAGUUACGUUGCUUUUACAGAAACGGAACGUUUAAUUGGCGAUGCUGCUAAGAACCAGGUGGCAAUGAAUCCGGCCAAUACCGUUUUCGAUGCAAAACGAUUGAUUGGCAGAAGAUACGACGAUCAAAAAAUUCAAAAUGAUAUCAAACAUUGGCCAUUUCAAGUGGUGAACGAAGGUGGAAAGCCUAAGAUCCAGGUCGAAUUUCGCAAUGAGAAUAAAAGAUUCAAUCCAGAAGAAAUAAGUUCUAUGGUAUUGACGAAGAUGAAGGAAACUGCCGAGGCUUAUCUUGGACAGACUGUUCGAGAUGCUGUCAUCACGGUACCGGCUUAUUUCAACGAUUCGCAACGUCAAGCGACGAAAGAUGCAGGUGCUAUAGCAGGUUUAAAUGUACUUAGAAUCAUCAACGAACCUACGGCCGCAGCACUUGCCUAUGGCUUGGAUAAAAAUUUAAAGGGAGAGAGGAAUGUUUUGAUCUUUGAUUUGGGAGGUGGUACCUUUGACGUUUCUAUCCUUACCAUCGAUGAGGGUUCCCUAUUUGAGGUAAAAUCUACGGCAGGUGAUACCCAUUUGGGUGGUGAAGACUUUGAUUCAAGAUUGGUCGAUCAUUUUUGUAAAGAAUUCGAGAGAAAAUAUAAGAAGAACAUGAGAAAUAACCCUAGAUCUUUACGAAGAUUGAGAACAGCCGCUGAACGUGCAAAGAGAACUUUAUCCUCUAGCACGGAGGCUACGAUCGAGAUCGAUGCUCUUUACGAGGGUAUCGAUUUCUAUACGAAAAUUUCUCGUGCUCGAUUCGAAGAACUUUGCGCUGAUCUCUUCAGAUCUACUUUGGAACCGGUAGAGAAGGCACUGGCUGAUGCGAAAUUGGAUAAACGAUCGAUAAACGAUGUCGUUCUUGUUGGUGGUUCAACUCGCAUACCAAAGAUCCAAAGUAUGUUACAGAAUUUCUUUUGUGGAAAACAAUUAAACCUAUCCAUCAAUCCUGACGAGGCUGUUGCUUAUGGAGCUGCAGUACAAGCAGCUAUACUCACUGGAGAAGGUUCCAAGAGUUCCACUUUACAGGAUGUACUCUUGGUCGAUGUGGCUCCAUUGUCCCUUGGUAUUGAAACCGCCGGUGGUGUUAUGACUAAUAUCAUUGAACGUAAUUCUCGCAUACCGUGUAAACAGACCCAAACGUUUACUACAUACUCCGACAAUCAACCUGGAGUAACCGUCCAAGUUUACGAAGGUGAACGAGCAAUGACCAAGGAUAAUAAUUUACUUGGAAGAUUCGAAUUAAGUGGUAUCGCGCCUGCUCCACGUGGUGUACCAAAGAUCGAAGUUAUCUUCGAUAUGGAUGCUAAUGGAAUUCUUCAUGUCACUGCAAAGGACACCGCAAGUGGUCGAAGCAAUAACAUCAGAAUAACCAAUGACAAGGGCCGCUUGAGCAGAGACGAAAUUGAUAGAAUGUUGGCAGAAGCAGAACGAUAUAAAGAGCAAGACAAGGAACAAAGAGAAAAGGUUGCUGUCAGAAAUCAAUUAGAGAGUUAUGUUUUCUCUGUUAAACAAGCGAUUGAGGAUAGUGGAUCCAAAUUGACGGAAACUGAUAAGAAUGAAGUGAGAAAGAUAUGCGAGGAUGCUCUGGUUUGGCUAGACAAUAACAUACUUGCAGAAGUCGACGAAUAUAAGUACAAAUUAGAGGAAUUGCAGAAGCAAUGCUCGCCCAUCAUGAUGAAAAUUCAUCAGAGCGGAACUGGUGGACCCCAGCAGAAUUAUAAGGGUCAAUACAAACACGAUAACUCUGGUCCUACCGUAGAAGAAGUAGAUUAAAUUUAAUAAGAUAUAUGGAUUUGUAAUAUAUUUUUAACAUAAUCUGAAUAUGUUCCACUUU